ACAGCAUCUGCAGACAACAGUGCAGGCGCUGCAGGCCGAGCUGCGUAUCCAGCGUGACUUGAACCAGCUUCUCCAGCCGCCCGGGGAGCCUCUGGCCUGCGAACCCAGUGAGGAGCAGGAACGUCAGGCUCGAGAGCUCUUCUUGCUCCGCCGUACGCUGGAGGAGAUGGAGCUGCGCAUGGAGGCCCAGCGGCAGACGCUCGUUGCUCGCGAUGACUCUGUCAAAAAGCUCCUGGAGAUGUUGCACAGCAAGGGCCCGUCAGCUAAAGCCAGUGAAGAAGAUCAUGAGCGAACACGACGCCUGGCAGAUGCAGAGAUGCAUGCGCACCACCUGGAGAACCUGCUAGAACAGCGGGAUAAAGAGCUGGUGGCUCUCAGAGAGGAGCUGCACCGCCGCCUCGAGGGGACGCCAGAGACCACCAAAACAAAAGCUCUUCAGACUGUCAUUGAGAUGAAGGAUUCUCAGAUCGGUUCUCUGGAGCGGGGCCUUAGAGAGUUGGAGGACCAGGUGAUGAUGCUUCGCUCCAGCAGCAUGUUGAGCUGUGAAGAGCGGCAGGAGGAAGCCAAGCAGAUGGAAGUCUAUCGCAACCACACCAAGUUCAUGAAGAACAAGAUGGACCAAGUUAAGCAAGACCUUUCCAGAAAAGACACCCAGCUUCUUGGCUUGCAGACCAAGUUGGAAACCCUGACUAACCAGUUUUCUGACAGCAAACAGCAUAUUGAAGUGCUCAAAGAGUCUCUAACUGCCAAAGAGCAACGGGCUGCUAUUCUGCAGACAGAGGUGGAUGCUCUGAGGUUGCGUCUGGAGGAGAAGGAGACCACGUUAAACAAAAAGAGUAAGCAGAUUCAAGAAAUGUCUGAAGAAAAAAGCACACUCAAUGGGGAAAUACAUGAUCUGAAGGACAUGCUGGAUGUCAAGGAGCGUAAAGUCAACGUGCUCCAGAAAAAAAUUGAAAACUUGCAGGAGCAGCUGAGGGAUAAAGAGAAACAGAUGAGCAGUCUGAGAGAGAGGGUUAAAUCCUUACAGACGGACACCUCUAAUACAGACACUGCCCUGACCACACUGGAGGACUCACUGGCUGAGAAGGAACGUAUUAUUGAGCGUCUGAAGGAGCAACGUGACCGUGAGGAGCGAGAGAAAGCCGAAGAGCUGGACACCAGUAAAAAAGAGCUGAAGGAGUUAAAGGAGAAAGUCAGUCUGCUGCAGGGAGACCUGUCAGACCGUGAGACUUCUCUGCUGGACCUGAAAGAGCAUGCGUCGUCCCUGGCCUCGUCUGGCCUGAAGAAAGACUCCAAACUGAAGAGUCUAGAGAUCGCCCUUGAGCAGAGGAGAGAGGAGUGCAGUAAACUGGAGAACCAACUCAAGAAGGCCCACAGUGCUGCAGUGAACGCCCAGGCCAAUGCCGAGAUUUCUGAGCGCAUUUCUUCGCUUGAAGCUGAUGUGUCCAGACACAGAGAGGACUCGGCCAAAGCCCAGGCUGAAGUCGAUCGUCUACUGGACAUCCUGCGUCAGAUGGAGAAUGAGAAGAAUGACAAGGACAGAAAAAUCAGUGAGCUGGAGAGGCAAAUGAAAGAGCAGAGUAAGAAGUCUGGCAAACACAAGGAGCCGCCGGGAAAGGGCAGAAAUGUCAACGAUGGCCCACAGCAGGAGUCUCUGCGGCAGAAGGCAGAGCGUAUCGAGGAGCUGGAAGAGGCUCUCAGAGAAAGUGUUCAGAUCACUGCCGAAAGAGAGAUGGUACUGGCACAGGAGGAGGCCGCUCGCAACCACCAGGAGAAACAGAUGGAAGAGCUGCUCGGAGCGAUGGAGAAGGUAAAGCUGGAGCUUGAGUCCAUGAAGGCCAAGAUGUCGUCCACCCAACAGUCUCUGGCAGAGAAAGAAGCUCAUCUGACCACACUGAGGGCCGAGAGGAGACGACACCUGGAGGAGGUGCUGGAGAUGAAACAAGAGGCUCUUCUGGCUGCCAUAAGUGAGAAGGAUGCUAACAUCGCCUUGCUGGAGCUCUCUUCAUCUAAAAAGAAGAAAACACAGGAAGAAGUGGCUCAGCUGCGAAGAGAAAAGGACCGUUUGGUGCAGCAGCUCAAACAGCAGACACAGAACCGCAUGAAGCUCAUGGCGGAUAAUUAUGAUGAUGGAUACUUGAAAACACCACCUGACCAGACCAAUCACAAACCUCCGAAAUCACCUGAUCAGGAUGAUGAGGAGGGCAUUUGGGCAUAG